UUCCCCCUCCCGCCCACACGUCCCUGGCGGGGCGGAGCCGUCGCUGCUGUUAUGGCGUCUUGGGCGCUGUUGGCGAAGGAUCAGCCGCUGCGGUGCCAAUAGAGCGCGAAGGAGCCGGGCGGCCGGCGGGCCGGGCAUGGAGAGCCUGGCGCAGCCCCCGCCGCCUCCGGGCUCGCUGAAGAGGGGCGGCGGGGGCGCUGCCAGCCAGCUCCUCCUGGAAGAGGCGGCGGCAGGCGAGGGCGGCUGCAGGGACGGGCCCGCGGCGGCUGAGGAGGGCGGCGGGCGGCGCAGCCCUUCCCCUCAGCCGGCCCCCGGCCCCGCCGCGGACCCUCGGACGGCGUCUCCCUCACGGGCCGCGGAGGGCGGCGUGGCGGAGGGAGCGGAGCCGGUGGCGCCGGAGAGCCCCGCAGCAGCGCCCGCUCCGGAGAGCGGUCCGGCGGGGGCCGGCUCCGGGAGCAGCGGGGCUCCCAGCCCCCCGGGGGAGGAGUCCCGGAGCCUGGACUCGCUGGAGUCCUUCUCCAACCUGCACUCCUGCUGCCCCAGCAGCUCCGAGCUCAACAGCGACGCCGAGGAGGCGGUGGUGGCGGCGGCCGCGGCGGGGGGCCCGGCCCCGGAGCCCGAGGGGGAUAGGCCCGCGGCGGGCUCCCAGCUCCUCUCCGCCUCCAAGGAGCGCUUCCCGGGCCAGUCGGUCUACCACAUCAAGUGGGUCCGCUGGAAGGAGGAGAACACGCCCGUCAUCACUCAGAACGAGAACGGCCCCUGCCCGCUGCUGGCCAUCAUGAACGUGCUGCUGCUGGCUUGGAAGAUUAAGCUGCCACCAAUGAUGGAAAUAAUAACGGCUGAACAGCUGAUGGAAUACUUAGGAGACUAUAUUCUUGAUGCAAAACCUAAAGAGAUAUCUGAAAUUCAGCGUCUAAAUUAUGAGCAGAAUAUGAGUGAUGCAAUGGCGAUUCUACAUAAGUUACAGACAGGUCUGGAUGUCAAUGUGAAAUUUACAGGUGUACGAGUAUUUGAGUACACACCAGAAUGCAUCGUGUUCGAUCUUCUUGAUAUCCCCUUGUACCAUGGAUGGUUAGUGGACCCUCAGGUUGCUGACAUAGUAAAAGCAGUUGGUAACUGCAGUUACAAUCAGCUAGUGGAGAAGAUCAUUUCUUGUAAACAGUCAGACAACAGCGAACUGGUUAGUGAAGGAUUUGUAGCUGAGCAAUUUCUAAAUAACACCGCUACACAGCUGACAUACCAUGGACUGUGUGAGUUGACUUCAGCUGUGCAGGAGGGAGAGCUUUGUGUCUUCUUCAGGAACAACCAUUUUAGCACCAUGACCAAAUACAAGGGUCAGCUUUACCUGCUGGUGACAGACCAGGGCUUUCUUACAGAGGAGAAAGUUGUCUGGGAAAGCUUACACAACGUGGAUGGGGAUGGAAAUUUCUGUGAUUCUGAAUUCCACUUACGGCCUCCAUCAGACCCUGAAACUGUCUACAGAGGGCAGCAGGAUCAAAUAGAUCAAGAUUAUCUGAUGGCAUUGUCUCUACAACAAGAGCAGCAAAAUCAAGAGAUCAACUGGGAACAGAUCCCAGAAGGAAUCAGUGAUCUAGAGCUAGCAAAGAAGCUCCAGGAAGAGGAGGACAGGAGAGCUUCUCAGUACUAUCAGGAGCAAGAACAAGCAGCUGCUCAGGUCCAGCAGGUGCAAGGUGCUGCUUCUCCAGCAAGCGGAAGACAAUCUGGGAGUAACGAACGCAAACGUAAAGAGCCUCGAGAGAAAGAGAGAGAAAAAGAGAAGAACAGCUGUGUUCUCUUGUAAUAGAAAAUGGAUUUAGUCUGGAGCCAAGUGCAUGUCCUCAGAAGCAAAAACAAGGAGUAAAAAGGAAGACAAACCCGUUACAUGCCGCCUGUGCCUGAUUACCCCAUGGAUUUUGUUCAUGUUUCAAGAGAGGAUGGGUGACUUUGUUACAAUCACACAGACUUUCUUCAAAGUCAUAGCACGUGCUGCUCAAGAUGGAAUUCCAAGUCACAGUGGGAUGCGGCUGUGCUUUGAGUUAGUCGUAAGAAAUACUGCACCUUGUAGCUGAACACACAAGUCAUGGCAAGUUUUGUGUCAGAGUGACAUCCAUUACUCAUUACAUCAGUUAGUAAGCUAUUUUAUCUUCUACUUAAAACAAAGGAGGUAAUUUGUUUUGUGCAAGACUUUUUCCUGAAGUCUGUACACUAGCACAACAGAGUUCUGUGUUCCUUACGUGGUAUGAAACUAUAUCUUAGGCUGGGUAUAGUCUUCACAACACAAGAGCCCAAAUAACAGCUGGGCACUGCCUCCUCAGUGUGUCCAGAUUUCUUUGCUUCUGGAUCUGGUAUGUUCGGUUUUUUGAACCCAGAUUUAUACUGUGUUACUGCUGUCAUUGCACCUCCUGGCCAGCUUUCUUGCCCCAAGAAUAUGUGACUCGAUAGGCAACGUACAGAAAAUUGUCACAGAGAAUGGGGCAUUUAUUAAUAAGCAAGAUGAAUAUUGUUUGCUUUUCUUGCAAUUACAAACUGGGUAUGGCAACUCAGAUGUUAUCAGGGUUAAACAAGUAAUUUUAUAGUAACUUCUUUUUCUUUUAGCAUUUUUUCUCUUGUAGGUAAACUGGACCAGAUAAGUUCUUAUUUAUUGACCUCUCCAUAUGAUAGGUGAAUGAUGAGAGGAGACUAAGGUCUAUAAUAAUCAUUAUUCUAUGUAAGAAUGCAGAGUUAAAAUAACUAUCUAUCUGCCUUUUUUCCAGAAGUACCUUGAACUUUAACAUGAUGUUAACAUGUCCACUUGUGUAUUUAAGCAAGUGUACUGUAGCUAAAAACACACUCUGUUUGUUUUAUAAAUCAUAUAUCCUUAAAAAGCACACUUCUGAAGGGUGAGAGAGGAGCGAGGCUGCUCUCCAAGGUUGUUUGGGAAGGUGGUCAGAUGUAUAAUUUUGUUUUUUAAAUCACUAAUUUAGAAUUUUUGGAAACCAGAUUUUUCUAAUUUAUGGGAACCAAAUAAACAUGUUGUGUCUUGUAGUAUUUAUAGAACACAGAAACAGAAUACUUGCUGAAUUUUGAGGGAACCACAGAUCUUCCUCCACUUCCAUUAAAUCAAUAACAGUUACCUUCUUGCAGAACCUUUUUGAUAGAAAUUUCUAUUUAGCAAUUUGUAGAUACUUUUGAAAAAGGCUGCUGCUCCUGGAGAAGCUAUGUAUUCAUGCUCUAAGCCUGGGUAAGUGCAUUAGUAUACAAUAAUCUGUGAAAGCUAAAGCAGCCAGGUGGAACACGACAUUCCUGGGUUUGGAUGUUUGGAGAGUUUCCGUAAGAGAGAGGGUGUCUAAACACAAGCCCACUGGUAAAAAGCCACUUGGAAAUUAUUUCAAGUGGACUUGCUGUGGUGAUGGGAACCAGUCAUGACAUAGAUCUGUUACGAACCUAGAAUGAAAAUUAGAUGGAUAAAGGAAGAAUGUCUUAUUAACUAAAGAGCCAGUUUGUAUCACUUUUUUCUUCCAUGCUUUUUUAUCUUUUUUCCCCCCUCACUUUUAUUAGAAUUCACAUUUAUAAUAAUGAAGUAAUGAACAGUAGGUCUCUAAUAUGCAAACAGAAAAUUUAAAAAUUUCUCUAUCUCUAGAAAGUCACACCCAGAAAAAUAACUUUUAAUACUUAAUGUAUGCGGUUCAGAUAAUUUUCUGUGUCAAAGCAAAGGUUGAUGUCUUCCUUCCUUUGCAGCAGCCUAACUUCUUCAAACAAAUUAAUGAUGGGGGAUCACCAACAAUGACUUACCUACUUCAAACAGAUCAGAAAAUAUUCCAAUAGUGUCAAUAACAGAGACUUUAAGCCAGAAUGUUGUUUAAAAACAUUCUGUUACUAAGAUUUUUCCAAAUUUGUGUAUUUACAUUUAUUUAUUGACCUUGAAAAAUAAAUAUGUCGAGCUAAAUGUUUGUUAUCUUAUUUUAUUUUCAGUGACAGUAUUGCCACUUUAAAUUCUUUUUUUGAACAAAUCUAGCUAGAGCAGGCAUCUUGGCUGUUGGGGAUUUCUUUAUGCCUAGGAUACUUGCUGGUAUUAGAAAAAUUCACGUACCAUUUCACGUUUCAGACAGACGUGCCUGAAACCUAAUAUACUGUAGUUAUGGUAAUGUUAUCACCUGGUCACAAAGGAAGAAGAGUUAAAUGCCAGUGCUCAUCGUGAAGUCUGAACUCCCAGAUAAUUCAGGGUUUUUUCAAUAAAAGACCGAAGGGUUUCAGGUUGUUUGAGAUGGCAGGCAUGCUAUUCACACAGUUAAUGUCCUUCUUUCUUCGCAGGUCUUGAAUCUUGGGAAGAAAGGUAAAGAAUUCCUGAAAUCUAGGGCAUUGUUCUGCAUGAGUUGAGCUUGUUAGUAGCAAAAGUUACAAGCAGAUGAGCUUGGUAAUAUCCAAAAUAAAAUACAUCUGGAAGCUUAUCUGGAAGCUUAACUUACACCCUACUGUGACUAACCAUUCCAAAAGCAACUGUCACAGUUGGUAUCUAUGACAGUAUCUGAUGAUCAAAAAAAUCUGAACAGAAUUGCUUUUAUCUGUAGUAGUGAGCUUGGAAAACAAUAUUAUAAAAUAUUCAUGGAGUACCAGAAAGACUAUGUCUAUUUCUGACUCUUUACUUCAUUUGCCUCUUUUUUUUUUUUUUUUUUAAGCUCAUGUUCUGGCAGAAGGGUACAGAUUUAUACUUUAAAUCUGUGUACACAAUUUAGCAUGCACAUGCUCUAAAUACCUACAUAAUAUAUAUGAAAGUGUCCGGAAAAGUAGAGUAGAACUUGUUUUCCACUAGACAAAAGCUAGCACAGAAAACAAUCAUAGGAUUUUUCUUGUUGCGUUGUACUUGUGAAAUUUUUUUUAAAAAAGCUAAAUGCAAGUAUUCUUAAAAUUAGCAACAAAUUGAGCACUGCCAUAGUGAUAAAUGUUUUUCUAAAAGGCACUUUGUAAAUGCUCGGAUAUACCACUUCCCUUGUGACACGCAUAUGGAAUCCGCAGUACAACAAAGUGGAUCCAAAGGAAGAUUGUAACACCAGAGGGACGAGAUGAUUAUUCCUGAAAAAUCACUUAAACACAAUGCAAAAAAAUAUAUUUUGUAGCUAGCAGUCUAGUUAAUGCAUUAAAGUGUGUGUUCAGCUUGUCUGUACAGAGCUCUUCUUGUGGAUCACAGGGACACAAGCAGCUAGAAGCGAAGCGUAUGCUCUUCCGUGUAUCCUUGCAUUGGAUUGCCAGCCAAUCUCUACACUCACUCGGUAUUUCACGUUAUUGUCAAAUGUUUCUUCAAACUUGUACACACAAGUUCUUGAAAAAAUUUUCCAGUCUGUAAUAAAAGGCAAUUUGAGUUCUUGAAAUGGAAUCUUUUGGUGUAUUCAGCAGGAAAUACUCAAAAGGUGAAGCUGAUGUACAACCUUUCUUCUUUCCUGCUACAAUAGAUCGGUAACCCAAAGCUAGCUCGUUGCUUACAUCAGCUUUCUUACCGUUAGGAUGCUUAUUGUAAGUUGUUGACAUUUAUACAAAGUACAUCCUUAAAUACAUCAUACUGAAUUAAAGAGCUGUAUUUAUUUUAUAUAAAGUAGUCUUUUUUUAAGGUUGUAACCUUAAGCAGCAGGUGACUCAGGAAAUGCAAGUUAAAUGAUGCAAUAUCCUCAUUAGAAAGCAUAUUAGAGAGAAGCAAAAGUACAAAGCCUUAGUUUGAUUGCAAUAUAACACAGUUUUUCCAUCCGCUCUGUGAUAGUGAGACCUUGGUAACAAGAAAAAUCUGACACUGAAAAAUGUUCAGUGAUAGCAAAUAUCACAUGCAAGAACUUAAACGUAUGCAUUUAAUCUUGUGAUUCAGCACAUUUACUCUUCUUUUUUUUUUUUUAAGCAUAAACAGCAAUAGACUGUUAGCAGAAUUGUUUUGAGUGGGAAAAUUUGGUGAGUUGAAUGAUGCUUUCCUCAUGCAAAAUCACUCAUAGAAGUCUAUUUGAUGUUAAUUUCCAUACAGUUUCCAUAUAGCUCCAUGUUCACAGCUUGUUCUUACACUUGUCCAGUAGAAAAGCAACGUAUUUAAGCUCAGCUGUCAUCUGCUCUGGGAAGAAGUGCUGUAGGGAAAUGCUGAGGACUAGGAAAGUCCCUCCACCACCUCUUGAGAUUGUGUAGGGAUUGAUUUGUCCCCAAUUUUGCUGUUCCUUGAGCCACAGCUGAAUUCUCUGCCUUUACAAUUCCUUUUCUGGUUUGUAGGAUUACUUGUGCACGUGGAGAGGCUUCAUGUGCUGAAAUGAGCAAUUCCUUGGAUUUUUAGCUCGAGAACUUUAACUACCUGGUUAAUUAUCUGUAGAAUGCAAGAUUGUGCAUUUUCCUCUGCUUGGCAGCAUAGAAAUGUUUUCAACAAAAUGUUGUUUGGGAAAUCCAGAGGAAACAAUUUGCUGAAUUCACUGAGGGAAUGGCCAGUGUGCUGAUAGCACAGUGGGCUGGCGGCAUCCACCCCUGUACGCACUGUGCUGCCUUCAUGCUUCUAGGUCAAGGGUAGCUGUUCCGACCCCCUGGUUACUCCAAAAAGGACUCUAUUAAAUGUCAGGUGUCUACUGCUCCAUUUUGGUCUUUGUGUCAGCUGUUGCCACUGUGACCUCUCUGCACCUGGAGAGUUAGCCCCAGACAAUUUGUUGAAACCUGAAAGUUCUUUACUGCCUUUACAAUUCCUUUUCUGGUUUGUAGGAUUACUUGCAUGUGUGGAGAGGCUUCAUGUGCUGAAAUGAGCAAUUCCUUGGAUUUUUAGCUCGAGAACUUUAACUACCUGGUUAAUUAUCUGUAGAAUGCAAGAUCCCGCAUUUUCCUCUGCUUGGCAGCAUAGGAAUGUUUUCAACAAAAUGUUGUUUGGUAAAUCCAGAGGAAACAAUUUGCUCAGUUGCAGUACCCGACUGAAAAGUUUGCUAGCUUAGUCUACAAAGUAUGCUUACAAAAUAAUUUACUGUAACAAAAUGAUGAAAAGGCAGGCAUCUGUUUCCCUAAAUCUAAUCCGAUGGUGAAACGUGAAAUAAGGCCCUGUGAGGGCUUUCAUCACAGAGUCACUCGUUGAAGGAAGCAGGGGUGCUGUGGCUGGCAGUCUCGCCGGGGCCAAAAGUGGUGAACUGUGGUGGCUUGUCACGGUCAGACACUAUGCCAAAUGUACAUAGAUCUUGGGAGUGGGCAGGGACACAAACUCAUCUAUGUUUUAUAUUUAUUUUUUUUAGUGAAUCCCUUGAGAAUGUCCUUUAGCGAUGACUUAUUUCAGUUUAGGUCCCAUCCAGCUUAAGCGAUACCUAUUGUGAAACACAGCAACGCGGGAGGUGACGUACCAGUGUCUCGGGAGGCGAUGCCUUUAGCUCGUACAAACUCGGAUUCUCCAUCACUGGGCUGGGACAAGCAAUGGGAUACUUGGUCUAUCUCGGCGUGCACAGGCUUUUUAAGACUUAAGCUGUAAUUUUUCAUGGUGAAGAUCAUGCUAGGCAGUCUCAAAAAUUUCACCUGACAUUUAGCGUUUUUAGUUUUGUUCUAGAUGUGUUUCAGAAAAAGCUGGGAUAACUGGUAUUUUUGUCCAAAACCUGUUGACUUUUGUACUGACCUCAGAAAGGGUCCAAACUGCACCUGGAAGGAACUGUCAGUGUGUCAGUAAAACUGAACGAGCAGAGUCACGGGUAUGUCCUUGGCGUUUGUCACCUGUUUUGGGGAACUCCAAAAUACAGUAAGAAAACAGAAAGGCUUCUCCCUUUUACAUGAGCUGGCCUAUGCAGUCGCUAACAUGUGCGCUGGGUAUUUCGUUCUUUAGGGCUUGCUGAUGGGGUCCAGCCUCUGCAGCGGAUGGGUUAAAUGUUUCUGCUUGUAAUCUAGCGCUGGGAACACUUCUGCCUUCAGACACAGAAAUGAUCCUGAUAAAAACACGACUGACGCUUGGCAGCUCUGCUGCUUUUAAAUACGAGAGCUGCGGAACGGUUACAGGCAAACUCUAAAUAAAGCUUUUUACCGUUGCAAGUACAUUCUUUUUGGCGAUGGUAAAUUAUAAUAGUGAACGGGAAUUAUCAAGUCAGAUGUAAGAGAAGAUAAUUGGUGUUAGCCGAGGCCGCUCAGUGAGUACCGAGUGGGCAGGCGCUGCGCAGGCUCAGCCGCGUUAGCCCGCGGGGGCUGGCUCAGCACCCCAGCUCCGUUACCGGCCGUUCACGCCGCUCGUGGGGAUGCAGCAUAGUCCAGCUAGGCACAACCCUGCCAUCCUCACCGAGCUAACGCUAACGAUGUUAUACAGAGGGCGUGACUAUAUGGACUUCUCCAUGCAAUGUAUGAAUUCCAAGUGCAUACUGUCAUUAAGCCCGUAUUACAAUUUAUCAUUUGUGCCAGCUCUCAUAAAGCUAGCGCGAUUCCUUCUGGCCAUGCUAUAAAUGCACUUACUUUCUGUGAAAGAAAUACAGAAAAUUAGAUGGCCGCUUUCCUAACAGGUUUUGAAACUACCUUGAAAUGUUCUUUGUGACACGGUCUUUUUCAAAGUCUUGGGGAAAUUAAAGAAUGCAUAAAAGUUUCUGAAGAAAUGUAAUGAUUGGACACAGUCCUCUUGUUUUGUAGUACAUCUAUAUUCAAUAUACUACUAUUCAAAAAAAAAAGCCCAACAAAACAACCCACCUCAACAUUUGAUUCUGCAAGAGAAUGUUAUAUUUGGCUAUAUAUGCCACAGUCACCAUUUGGAGCUAACAAACAAACUGCUUCACCAGUAGCAAGCCUGUGCUGUAGAAAUGUCACUGGAAGGGUUUAAUAAAUAUUGGGGAAAAAGUAUUUCUAAACAAAAUAAUACAACGGUUUGGGUUUUUACUGUGGUCUGCUGUGAACUGCAGUGGCCAGCAGAUCAGAGCUGCCUCUCAGUCACAGCAAUUAGCAGUCGCUGACAGUGUCUUAGGAUCCUUUUAAACUCCCAAGGCGGUAUUGCAAUGCUUAACACUUGUCCUAAAUCUUUUUUCUAUUAAAUGUCUACCCAGUCCAACUUCAUACUACCAGAUGCAGCCACGAGCGGGACUGUGACAUUUCAGUGUAGACUUAAGCAACCCAGUUUCACAAUUUAUUGUAAUUGUUCAUAAUUAAUUACCAGUGUGUAUCAGCUCUGCAAGCGGAGAGCUGGGAGAAACAGCCGAAAUAAGCGGCUGAGCCUCCAACUUCAGCUGGAGCUUCCAAAGGGUGUUAAGGAAGGUGGUGACCAAUACUGUUCUUCUGGAAAAGCUCAGACCAAAUAAGAAAGUUUACCCUCUGAUGUUUCUGCUACUUUUUUUUAAAGAAGAAAGCCAGCGUUAAGGCCAUCCUGUGUGUUUUUAAGAGAAAAAAAAACAGCUGAGUUUUGAAUUCAAUUGCAUCUUCAGAUUUACUAGCUUUUCAGCAUGGUAGCUGUUCAGCAUUUUAUGCUUUUUUCCAAUGGAACUUUGUUUUCUUUUCAGUCUUUUGGUGUCAGGGCAUUAACUGGUCUCUUAAUUUUAGGGCUUUUGUUACUGCAGGUUAACGAGAGCCAAAAGGAACUGUUGUGUAUUAAUGACUGGUUUUGUUUACAACCAAGUUCUAGUGAGUGAAGUCUUCAGACUGGGAGUUCAAAAGCAGGUUGUGUGUGAGGUGAAGCCAGCUGCAGCCCUGGUGGACUUUACAAUUGAGUUAUCUUUAUUAUAGGAAAACAUUAUUGCUGUGGAAAUAAAAUCCUCCUUUUGCUUAGAAAAGUAUAGUAGCCAGUCAUCUUUGAGCCCACUGCAGGUAAGAUACAGCGAACCAAUGAACCUGCUUGUGAAGUUUUAAACUUAUAAUUUAGCAUUUGCAUUUUGUAUCCUGAAUAGUUGCAGUAAUUCCAUCUUUGCAUUUCAUGUACUCAGUUGACAGCCGCCUGCUUGCGCUUCUGGAUUUCUUACAUGCUUUCUCCUUGAGGCUGGCAAGCAAAAAUGACUUCUGAGAACCCAUUAAAGAAGUGACCCUAGGUACAGCGACUUCCAGGGAGAAAUCUGUCGUAGCAAGCGUUUCCUCACCUGUGUUUAGAUAACCCUUGCCACCACUAGCGCUGCUCCAGUUAAGGAGCAUCACUGGUCACACAGGUACAGCCCAGACGUUCGUUAAAUAAGCAGGACUCUGGUUCUGAUACAGUUUGUACUUGCAAAAAGAAACCAGUUAAUACUUCUCCCCAGACUCCCAUCAGAUCGCGUGGGACAAAUCCUGUCACUCGUGAAGGGUUGUUUUCCCCCCCUGUAUUUUUGCAGUGUAUAAUCACAGUUUAUAACUCAAGCCUCAAAAAGUGAUAGUGGUACUUAAACCUAUAGAAAAUACCAAGCAUCUUGCUCUGUCCCACAGAAAGAAACUCCACGUAUGUCGCUACCUGCUCAGUACUAGUUGUUAAGUAAAAAGUCAUGGAAUGUCUUUUAAUACCUUACACCUGCUUUGUUUAUAAGGUCAUGGAAUGUUUUAAUACCUGACACUUGCUUUGUUUAUAAGGGAGUGAAAGACGCUGCCAUCCGUCGCCUCACAAUAACCCGAUCGAGCUUUAAUCUUACGUGACAAGGGGGGUUGGUUUAUCUUUCGUGUUACAGCUUUCAGUGACAGAAGGUCUUAUCAAAGUGUCCACAAAUAAGUUUUGGUUAUCUUUUUACCGGGUUAGUCGAUGCAUAGCUAUUACUUGUCCAAUUUUUUAUAAUCACCUUUUACAUAUACAGGGAAGCUUAUUCAAGAAACUGCAGGUGAAACACGUAGAAAGGAAUCCGCUGCCCCUAGUUCUUCAGUGUUAAGUAUUUGUUAUCACAGUAACUGUCUUGACUGGCCUUUUUUAGAACGAAAUUAUUUAAAAAAGCCCAAACAUCCAACUAUGUAUUUUAGGACUAGCGUUGUCUUGCAGAUGCCCUGCCUAGACCCCCCAGAACGGUACAAUUGCUGCGUUACAUCAGCAGCAGAGCUGUGAGCCCGUUAGCCACCUAAUGUUUACCUUGAUCUCUAAAUCUAAUUUUAAAAGGAAAUGCAAAAAUAAAAGCUAAUGCAAGCUACUGUAGAUUGACCGAGAGAAGUGGAAGACAUUUAAGUUUUUAACAACUGUAUUUUAGAAGUGCAUGACCUGAUGAAGUCCAGUCAUGCGGUGUUGUUUGUACCGAUGUAUGUGAUGGAAAUCCUUUUCAUGUUACACUGUUAUCCAGCAUUGUAAUGGCAUCUACAAGUUCAACUACUGAAUGUUUUGCAUUUUAAAAGCCUUAAUUGUUUAUAUUGUAUUAAUGUGUUUUUAAAGCCUAUAAGGAAACAACAUUUUCCUUGUAAAUUGUUAAAAUAAUUUUGAACACAAAUAAUUUUCAGAGAAGUCCAGUUCUGUAUCUUAAUACCCCUUUUUGUUUGUGUACCACGAAAGAAAAACUGUUAAAUUCUGUUACCUUUUAAAAAAUGUCUCCAGUUAUCAGCCUCUCUUAUAGUUUGUCUUUACCCUAUUGAGAUAUAUUUUGGUUAAGUCUUCUGAAAUUCAUUGUAUGUUAAUAAAUUUAAGUGAGCAAACUUAAA